AUGGAUUUUACGUGGAAUAGAUUUGUUAUAGGUUGGGGCGAGAACGACCGAGGAGUUUCGUUCACGUUUGGCCCUGAAGUUGUGGCGAAGUUUUUGCACAAGCAUGACUUGGAUCUCAUAUGCCGUGCCCACCAGGUUGUCGAGGAUGGCUAUGAAUUCUUUGCCAAACGGCAGCUGGUAACACUGUUCUCGGCGCCAAACUAUUGUGGCGAGUUCGACAAUGCCGGAUCAAUGAUGACUGUGGACGAGACGCUGAUGUGCUCUUUCCAGAUUUUGAAGCCAGCCGAUAAAAAGAAGUUCCCGUACAGUGGCGUGGGAUCGGGCCGACCAGUGACACCGCCAAGGACGCCAGCGCCGAAUGCUAAGAAAGGCAAGAAAUAG